UCUUCUUCUUCUUCUUCUUCUUCUUCUUCUUCUUCUUCUUCUUCUUCAGUCGGGUUGCAGAGACAGCAGCAGCCCUAGGGUUUUUUUAGUUUUUUUUUUUAUUUUAACGGCCCAAAACGACGCCGUUUGAGCACUGUGCACUUAAGUGAACAGUGACCAAAACGACGUCGUUUUGGUCACUGUGCACUUAAGUGCACAGUGCUCAAAACGGCGUCGUUUUGGAGCCUGUUCAUUUAAGUGAACAGGGACCAAAACGACGUCGUUUUGGACCCUGUUCUUUAACAAAUAAAAUCUCCUUCCAUCCAGCCCCCUUUUCUGCUCUUUUUCAACCCGAGACUACUGCCAUUUUUUGCCCUAGCCUCUUCCGUGCUGGAGAAGUGAAGAAGAAGAAGAAAAAGAAGAAGAAAAAUAGGGGGAAAAUAGGAGAAAAAUAAAGGGGAAAUAGUAACGUACCUUCCGGACCUCGAUAAUUUGUUUGCAAGAUGGAUAAUGAGAGUGAGACUCAAGUGGACUCUAGUGCAAGUGGAAGAAGAGAUCCGGGGUGGAAAUAUGGUCGUUUGGUUAAUGAAAAAGAUUUGAACACCAUCAUAUGCAUUUUUUGUGAUAAAGUAACCAAAGGAGGCAUCUAUAGACACAAACAACAUCUUGUUGGUGGAUAUAGAAAUGCUAAAAAGUGUAGAAAAUGUCCGGAACAUGUUAAAGAAGAAAUGGAAGAGUAUAUGACUUCCAAGAAAAAUCAAAAAGAGCAAAUGAAUAUGGGGAGCGAAUAUGUUAAUGAAGAUUUGUUUGGUUUGGAAGAUGAAGAUAUUGGUGAGGAGAUUAAUAGUAGAACGAAUAUCACCAACAUUUCUAGUGGAGGUAGUAACCGAGGAGGAAGUGGUGGUAGGACGUUUUCUUCAAAAAAACCAAGACAAAAAGGUCCUAUGGAUCAUUUUUUCACUCCUAAUGCAGAGAUGGUUGUUCAAAAUCAAAGGAGUGGAAAGAUGAAUCAAACUACCAUCAAUGAUGCCUACAAAAAGGAAGCAAGAGAAAGAGCUUGCACGCUUAUCACAAGAUGGAUGUAUGAGGCCGCUAUUCCAUUUAAUGCAGUCACAUAUCCGAGUUUCCAACCAAUGAUUGAGGCUAUUGGCCAAUAUGGUGUGGGUAUGAAGGGACCAACUUUUCAUGAGGUAAGAGUUACUAACCUUAAGAAAGAAUUGGCUCUCACAAAAGAUUUGAUGAAAGAUCAUAUGGUGGAAUGGGGGAAAAAUGGAUGUUCACUUAUGUCGGAUGGAUGGACCGAUAGGAAAGAGAGAACUUUGGUGAACUUUUUGGUUAAUUGUUCAAAGGGAACCAUGUUCAUGCAAUCCAUUGAUGCUUCUUCAAUGAUUAAGACGGGAGAAAAGAUGUUUGAGUUACUUGACAAAUGGGUAGAGCAAGUUGGUGAAGAGAAUGUUAUUCAAGUUAUAACAGAUAAUCACUCAAGUUAUGUGAUGGCAGGGAGGUUGUUAGAAUUAAAGCGUCCACAUUUGUAUUGGACACCAUGUGCUGCACAUUGCCUUGACUUGAUGUUGGAAGAUAUUGGAAAGCUACCAAACAUCAAGAGGACAUUGGAGAGGGCUAUAUCACUAAAUGGGUAUAUUUAUAAUCGCUCAGGGCUACUCAACAUGAUGAGGCGGUUUACUGGACAAAGGGAAUUGCUUAGACCUGCUAAGACUCGGUUUGCAACUGCUUUCAUCACAUUAUCGCGAUUGCAUGAACAAAAAAACAAUUUGAGGAAGAUGUUUACAAGCUCAGAUUGGUCAGAUAGUAAAUGGGCAAAAGAGCAGAAGGGGAAAACUAUAGCCAACAUAGUUCUAAUGCCUUCAUUUUGGAACACUAUUGUGUUUUGCUUAAAGGUUUCGGGUCCCCUAGUUCGUGUGCUUCGUUUGGUUGAUGGUGAAAAAAAAGCUCCUAUGGGAUACAUCUAUGAGGCCAUGAAUAGAGCUAAGGAUGCAAUUGUGAGAAGUUUUAAUGGAAAUGAAGAGAAGUACAAAGAAAUCUUCAACAUCAUUGAUAAGAGGUGGGAGAUUCAGCUUCAUCGGCCUUUGCAUGCAGCAGGGUACUUUUUGAACCCGGAAUUCUUCUAUGAUAAGCCAGAAAUAGAGCAUGAUGCCGAGAUUAUGAGUGAUUUGUAUAAAUGCAUCUUAAGGCUAACAAGAGACCCUGCUAAGCAAGAAAAAGUUGUGGCCGAAGUGAGUUUGUUCACAAAUGCCCAAGGACUAUUCGGGAAUGAGUUAGCUGUUAGGACAAGAAAGACUAGAGCACCAGCUGAAUGGUGGGCUGCAUAUGGAGCUUCAGCUCCAAAUUUGCAAAAGUUUGCAAUGAAAGUCCUCAACUUAACAUGCAGUGCAUCAGGUUGUGAACGGAAUUGGAGCAUCUUUGAGAAUAUUCAUAGCAAGAGGAGAAAUAGGUUAGAUCAUCAACGCUUGAAUGAUUUGGUGUACAUCAAGUAUAAUCGAGCCUUGAAGAGAAGAUACAAUGAACGUAACACCAUUGACCCAAUUUCCUUGAAAGAUAUAGAUGAUAGCAAUGAAUGGUUGAUAGGGAGAAUGGAAGAUGAGGAUUCUCAUGGAGGUGCACAAGAUGAUUUUGUAUUUGAUGAUGACAAUUUGACAUGGGGUGAUGUUGCUAGAGCUGCUGGAGCUGAGGAGGCCAGGUUUGAUACUAGAGCUAGAGCUAGAGCAAGCUCAAGCAUAAUACCACCAACAAGGGGGAUAGCUUCAAGUUCUAGAACUUUGCCUUCUUAUUCACUAAUAGAUGAAGAUGAAGAUGGAGACAUGGUUGAUUCAGCAGAUGAAGAAGAUGGGGAAGGCUACAAAUGUGGUGAUGGAAAUGAUGAUGAUGAUGAUUUUGUUGAUUUAGAGGAGGAGUGAUGAUUGCUUGUUGUGGACAAAUUUGUGAUUUAAGUGUUUUUUAAUGAUGUUUUUGAAUUGUGGACAAAUUUCAUGUUUUGGACCUUUAGGUUUGGAAACUUUGGAUUUGGAUAUGUAUUAGGCAAUUAGCAAUAUGGAUUUGGAUUUGUUUUUA